GACGCCUCUCUUGACGCUAGGGAAGCUGGGCAAUCUACAGCUCAGAAUGAGCCAACAAAUGAGGCAAUGGAGGAGGGCGAGGUAAGCGAAGGGGAGCUUGAAGAUAUAUACGACCCGGAGGCGCUCGAUGAGAAUACGCAUGAAGCCCCAAAGUCUUCCAACCUGACACCCCAUACCGUAGAGAUGAGACAGCAAGGUCUACUUCAGGACGGUGAAGGUGUGCUCUCCAGCCGUUUACGCCCUGACAUACAAGUGUUGGUGACUGAGUUUGAUACAGCAUUAGAGCGCUCUGGCUCAUACUCUCCUUACCUGUCCCCGCGAGAAAUUACUUCCACACGACCGGCUAGUCCCCAGGGUCAGCAGGAAAGCCAAGCCGGUCUCAAAACUCCCCCCGCAUCAUUCUCUUCCGACUCUGAAGCUGCCUCCAACCAGGCUGAAACUACCUGGGAAGAGGCGCGAAAACACGCCCAGGACACAAUUUUGCGUCUUUGGCCGCUUAAAAUCCGAUAUCAAGAUUAUCUCAACGAAGGGUUGGACGAAGCAACACUGCGCAGCUUAUUCACCGACCUUGGCCUUGACAUGAAACUCUCGCCUGAAAAAGAGUCACAUAUUGCGAAUGUUCAAGCCAUGGAUUCCGGUCUUCCUAGGACCACUAAUGUUGAGGAUUCAAGCCGAAUGCAACUUGAGAGUCAUGAGACACCAAAAGCUCCAAUGGCCAACCCUCCCAAGGAACCGAAACGAAGCCGUGGCGAAGAGCGCAAGGACAGGAUCGCACGGCUUCUGGCCGCAAAGCAGGCCAGUGUCCCGCAGCCUUCUGAAAAGCCCGGUGUCACGCCCACUGCAAAACCGGCCGAGAAGCCUCCAUCUGUAGCGCCGGCUAAAACUCAGGCUCAAAUAGCUGAGAAGUCCAAAUUGGUGCAGCAAAAGAUGGAAGCCUUACGAAAGGCUCGAGAGGCACAAGCACAAGCACAAGCUGCUAGCCGCCAGCAGGCUGCGGAGGUCGCUCAGCCGAACCUCACACAGAACUCAGCUGCCACGAAGCCACCUCCGGUAGAAAUCGUCACGUCAAAUUAUCACCCAGUACAGGACAGCAACACUAACACGCCCUCUUCAAUUCCCGGCCUCUUCCUCCCUGCUGGUCAGACCGCUCCCUCCAGCUCGCAGCAGAAACGACCAAUGGCCUCAGAGCUAAAUGACCUCUCUGACCCCACGACCAAACGGCCGUUUGGUCAGCCCCGGCAAUCACAGCGAUUCCUGAUAGAUAUUAGCGACGACGAGGAUGACGCCGCUAUGGAAAUCGACUCACCUGAACUCGACUCAGCAUCCGUUCAUCGCUCUAACUCACCUUUCAAGGUUCCCUCAUUUCCAAUGCUUCCAGGCAGUUCCACACCUCUGGAAAAUCUAAGUCCAGGCUUGGCACAGACUCCCCCUAGAAAUACGCGAUCAGCUACGGGCGGUGGUAACUUGGAGUCGAUGAACAAGGAAAUUGAGCUCAUGAAGCGACGGAUUGCCGAAGCUGAAGCACGGAGGCGGGCAAAACUUUCAAGGACAGAAUCGGCUCAUGGUCAGAACGGCCAGGAUGACAUGAAUACCGAAUCUAGUGAGCCUGCCUCUAAAUCAGGCCCUGUUUCGUCUGUAGAUGGAAGUGAACUCGCAAGGGAAGAGUCUCCUCCAGCUGGGCCGUUGGAAUUUGUUUCCCAGAGGUUGCCGAAAGCCUCAGAUUCAAAUCAAACUGAACGGCGCAUCGCCCUCCGCCAGCGAUCUCGUGUGGCUAGCGAGCGGUUGCCUCUUGUUGAAGCUCAUCGUCAGGAACAGCUUAGAAAGCUCGAGGCUCUACGUUCCCAGAUGGAAGAUAUCCAGAAAGAUAUUGAGGCAAGCUUAGAAGAGGAAAAACAACUGCGCGAUGAGGUGACAUUCUGCAACACAGAGGUCCAGAAUGAUGGCCACAAAGACACACCGGUUCUUGUGUCAGUAGUGAAAGAACCGGUUGUUGUUGAGGCGUUGGAUACACCGUCUCGUGAUUCAGCAUCAGGCCCUCACCCUGAGAGCCAAGUAGUGGCUGUGGAAACGGAACAGCACACCCUUGCCGACGCUACGGAAGGUGGCACUCCUGACGAUUAUGUUGAUCACGCAUCAAUUGACGAUGAGAAUAAUGUUGAAAUGCCUGACAUUGAGAGUCAGGAAGAUACGGACGAUAACUCUGAUGAUCGAAUGGACGAAGAGACCACUUCUAGUGAAGCUGAGUACCAGCCUGAAGUACAAGAUCAAGGAUUGCAGGCAGAGACCUCAACAGAACAGGAAGCUCUGGUCAAGGGACAACCCCACAGUCCAGAUGCUUGUGAAGACGAGGACUUGGAACUGCAAACCUUGAUGCAAGAGUCUGAUAAAUCACCUUCUUUCAGCCCUGAGCCUGCUGAAAAUUCCUCUCAUGAGACGAGUGAUAACGAACAACAGGCCGUUUUGCCUACCACUCUCACGAAAUCGAUCUCGACAGGGCAGGUAGAAUCAAAUGCGGCAUCUCCAAGAGAAGAAAACGAUCAAGGAAAGCUUGAAUCAAGACCCGGUUCUAGCUUUGUCCCCUACGAUUCGUCCCUGAGACCUUUCCAUGAUCAGAUUCUCCUCCAGCUGGGAUCUCACAGUAGUUUUGAAGGGGAGCAAAAGGCCCAGUUCAUUAAUGGACUUCGUCGACUGCUCACUGACUACCGCGAACGCAAGAUUAAGGAUUUCCAGACGAUCAGCAACGGCAUUGUCGACUACAGGGCCAACUUUUCUGGCGACAAGAGCAAGAUCCUCCCCUUAGGAAAUGUCAGCCUCUAA